GUUUACUGUACUCUCUGUAGUCAGCAAGCUGUUAUUUCCGCGAACCGUCGUGACCAUGAAGAUCUAUGUCCUGACAUGCUGUGCGGUGCUACACUUGGCGACUGGCACAGAGCUAGUCCCUUCGCAUGAUGGCCUUCGUUUUGUGAAGCCUACGACCUGCGAUGAGAGGGAAUGUCCCCACGGCGGCUGUGUCUUCCGCGACUGCAACGAGCCGGUCUCGUGCAAGGGGGGGCUUUGCGACUUCAUCAAUUGCAAGAGCCCUGAUUGCGGCGGCGGCGUGUGCACCAUCGUAGAAGCCGAAGACGGGUCGUGCCCUGGUGGGCUGUGCAACUUUGUCAAGCCCAAGCGUUCCUUGAAAGAAGAUUACUGCACGGGUGGUCUUUGUUUGGUGGACAGCAAGGGCCAAGUGUCGUCACCAGGCUCGCUAAAUGUCAUCCCGCAAGAGACUGCGAGACCCACGCCCACGGAAGCUCCCGUGAUUGCACCGACGCCAGACCAGCAAUCCCCUGUGGCGUCCCAAGCCACAACCGACGCCGCCUAAGUGUCAAUACCUAAGGCCCCUGCAUAGCUCCUAAGUACUUCUAGUACGAAGUAUAUAGACAUACGUGUUUAGAAAGGGCUCUUUUCGUG